GGAGUUUGCCAGGAAAUAUUUGAUGGAUCAUGGUGAUGUCAUUCUCUGUGAUUCUAGUGGGAAUACUUGGUCUGCUCAGUACCGCGCUACUCUAGGAAUGAACGGACAACCUUAUGUGAAACUCUUAAAUGGUUGGGAUGCUUUUGUACGCGACAAUAACUUACAAGUUGGUGAUGUUUGCGCCUUUGAGUUAACCAACUGCAUUGACAUCUCAUUCCAAGUAUUCAUUUAUCGUAGUAAGAAGGCAGAUUUUCAUGGAUCGCCUGCACAAAUGGAAGCCGGAAUCACAUUGACUCGUUCCGAAUGCCUGAGACCAGUGAAGGCCCGUGAAACAGCUUUUCACAGAGAGAUGAAAGUCCGUGAAAAAGCUCUUCAAAGAGCACUGGCUUUCACAUCUGAGAAUCCCUUUUUUGUUGUUGUUUUACGACCAUCAUAUGUUCAGUCUCAUGCAUUGUGUAUAUCCAACGAUUUCACAAGGAAACAUUUCAAGACUACCCUCACCAACGUCGGUAUUGCCCUUCGUCUUUCAAAUGGGAAAUCAUGGCCGGCAGAGUACCAUCAGCGAAGCAUUGGAAAUCCAAAUGCAAGGAUCUGUAAUGGUUGGAGGGCUUUUGUUAAUGACAAUAAAUUGAAAGUUGGUGAUGUUUGUGUCUUCGAGUUGGUGAGUGACGCUCAAAUUUCCUUCAAAGUAAUCAUUUUCCAGGCUAUUGCAGAUGAAGAUACCCACCCAUUACAAGGAGUUAGUGAGGAAGCUUUAGGCUUGACAUCACAGUCUGCUAAAGCUCCAUUAAUCUUCCGACGAGUUGUGCUGCCAUUACACCUUAAGGAAGACUGUGUGGAUAUACCAUUUAGAUUUGUUGAACAAUAUUUCGAGCCCAAUGUCCAGAAGUUGAUACUUCAGGUUGCAGAUAGAACAUGGCCCGUCGAGAUAACAAGCAACCCUCGAAUUCGCAUAGCUAAAUUAACAAGCGGCUGGAUCAAAUUUGCGAGGGAAAACUCUCUAAGAGAAGGUGAUAUAUGUGUCUAUGAGCUGGAUACAGUCAACAAUAACUUGCUUAAAGUAUCCAUUUCAAAAUAUGCUAGUUAAACUGUAAUGGACAUUCCUGCUGUCUAUGGAAGCAAUCAGAUUUAAGUAUAUGAGGAGACAAACUGAAGUCCAAAAUCUGAGUAUUUAUAAAUCUCAACAUUUUAUCACUUCUAGUGUGAUUUAAUGGAUAUGAACUAUAAUUUUACGGAAAAAAGAA